CCACUGAAGUCGGAGCGAGGCGCGCUGACACCUCCGCCGACCCUACAAAACUACUCCACACAUUCCCUCCAGGAACACCAGGCGCUUCCCGCCCCCCGUCCCCCCUCACCCACAGAGAGCCUUCACGUCCCGGGCACCUCCGAACCCCGGAGGUGGGCGGGGCACAGGGUGGAGUCUCCGCGGGAAGAAAAGGCGGACGGGUCUACACGGGGUCCCCAGAGAUGUCCCGGCUACCUUUCCUGCUGCUGCUUCUGCCGCCGCUGACUGUGGAGCCUGCCGGGGCCUCGCUGAUCCGGAUCCCUCUCCGCCGACUCUACCCUGGACGUGGGACCCUGAACCCACUGAGGGGAUGGGGGAAGCCAGCAGUGCCCCCCAGUUUGGGGGCCCCAUCCCCUGGGGACAAGCCCAUCUUGGUAGCUCUCUCUAACUACAUGAAUGUCCAGUAUUAUGGGGAAAUUGGAUUGGGAACACCCCCACAAAACUUCUCUGUCGUCUUUGACACUGGCUCCUCCAAUCUCUGGGUCCCAUCCAUAAGAUGCCACUUCUUCAGUCUGCCCUGCUGGUUCCACCACCGCUUCAACUCCAAGGCCUCCAGCUCCUUCCAACCCAAUGGGACCAAGUUUGCCAUUCAGUAUGGAACUGGGAAGCUAGAUGGCAUCCUGAGUGAGGACAAGCUGACUAUUGGAGGAAUUAAGGGUGCAUCAGUGAUUUUUGGAGAGGCUCUGUGGGAGCCCAGCCUGGUCUUCACUUUUGCCCACUUCGAUGGGAUACUGGGCCUUGGUUUCCCCACUCUGGCUGUGGGAAGAGUUCGGCCCCCGCUGGAUACAUUGGUGGACCAGGGGCUACUGGAUAAGCCUGUCUUCUCCUUCUACCUCAACAGGGAUCCUGCGGCAGCAGAUGGAGGAGAGCUGGUUCUGGGUGGCUCAGAUCCAGCUCACUAUAUCCCACCCCUCACUUUCUUGCCAGUAACGAUCCCUGCCUACUGGCAGAUCCACAUGGAGCGUGUGAACGUGGGCAUAGGGCUGACUCUUUGUGCCCAGGGCUGUGCUGCCAUCCUGGACACAGGCACAUCCCUCAUCACAGGACCCACUGAAGAAAUCCAGGCCCUGCAUGCAGCCAUUGGAGGAGUCUCCCUUCUGUUGGGGGAGUACCUCAUCCAGUGCUCGAAAAUUCCAACGCUUCCUCCAAUCUCCUUCCUCCUUGGUGGGGUCUGGUUUAACCUUACAGCCCAGGACUAUGUCAUCCAGAUUGCUCGGGGUGGUGUCCGCCUCUGCUUGUCUGGCUUCCAGGUCCUGGACAUGCCUCCGCCUGCAGGGCCCCUCUGGAUUCUCGGCGAUGUGUUCUUGCGGUCCUACGUAGCGGUCUUCGAUCGCGGGAACCUAACAGGCGGUGCCCGAGUGGGGCUGGCGCGCGCUCGCUCCCCGGGAGCAGGACCACGAGGGGGUGGGCCCGCGCGGGCGCAGUCCUCUGGUUGGCGCCCUGAUUAGGCGCAUGCGCACCGAGUGGGUAGCCGAGGCCCAGCCACUCAGUAAAAAUCCGUUAUUACGUUGACCCUA